CGCUCGUCGAUAUCGACGUUUACAAAAAUGAUUGUUCGCCAUGGAACGUUAUGGGCAAUCGCAGUGCUGGUUCUUCUCGCGAGUGUAUCAUUUUCGGAAUCUGUAAAAUUGCGAAAACCACGAAAGAGGACCACAGCAAGAACUCCAUAUCAACAGUCCAGAAUUGGAUCGGUAAUCAUAAGAGUGAUGCAUAAAUAUUCUAAUGAUGAUAUCACGCGUAGUGCAUCGGCUGGUUGUACUAACGGCAAUUGUAGAAAUGCGCACAAUAAAUUUAACUUUGAACCUGUCAACGAAGCGAUGUCCGAUAAAGACAAUUUCCUCUCAGACGAGGAAUCGUUGCGUUACGUCGUGCAUCCGGAGAAAUAUGAACAUUUCGUGAUGAGAAAGAAUUCAGGACACGCGAAUAGAUAUAAAAGGAACUCUACAUUUUCGGAAUUACAUUCAUCAAAUACAGACGAUUGUACAGUGGUUAAUCAUGAUGCGAGUGAAGUAUCAAAAAACGUAAAUAAAGGAAAUUUUACGAAAAAAAUAUACAGACUUCCGUUAUACAAAACAGUUUCACUAAAUCCGUUCAAUAAAUACACAAAGAAUCUUUCAAAAUUUUUAAGUGAAGCAAGCAGAACGAGAAGAAGCCUCGCUGUUGAUUAUUCUUCGCAAAGAAACGAUAGUGACAGUGGUGAUGCAAGUAAUGUACCAAAAAACGUAAAUAAAGGAAAUUUUACGAGAGUUCCGCUAUAUAGAAUAGUUUCACUAGACGGGCUUAAUAGAUAUAUAAAGAAUUCGAAAUUUUUAAGAGAAACAAGCAGAAUGAGAAGAAGCCUCGCUAUUGACGAAUCUUCGCGAAGAAACGACAAUGACUAUUAUGCACAGCGAAAAGCUGCCAUGGACAGAUAUUAUGCUCGGCAGCGUGAAAUAAACGCGCGAUACGCUAAUCGAACAAGUACGACGCCGCGAUUAAAGUACAACAACGUGUCGCCGACAAGCAAUGUUACCCUGUUCAAUCUCGGACGUAUAUAUUCUAAUAAAGACUCGACGGCGAGGAACACUGCAACUUUUCUUCAUCCAUCCACAAAGAUAGAUCCAAUAUAUAGCAACGAAUCGCGAUACAACAAAAUACCAACGGAACUGGACAAUCGACGAAACUUCGUUCCUGAAAUUGAACCCGGUUUCAAAUCUGACACGGAUUUGUCUCAAGUAAGAAGCAGCGAUAAUAGCGAAAGAAACGCAUUGGAUUAUUUCGUCACACCCACGCCCUGCACGAAUUUAUCCUCAAAUGGCACUUUCACGUCGAAAACGCGAUCCAAGCAGGCACAAAAUUACACCAGUGAAACAGAGAACAUCGAAGACUGCGCUAACAAUUCAGCAGAUAAGAAUAACACCGAAGGCAACCUACGAUGGGGAAAGUGCGAAGGAAAAAUUAUGUAUCAACACAAUUUGCUUCUAGGAUUAAGGGGUCCUUCGAACCUUGAUGCUCUGUUUGAAGUAAUCAUUCAAGGCCCUGUCUGCAUCACUUGCGUAGAAGCGUUGCGAUAUAACGAAACUAGAGCGACUGUCGCAUUGGAUUCCGGAGGCCGUGGAUACGAAUAUGCAAAACUGAGGCUACAGGGUUACGAGAACGAAGGAUUUUCCUACAUAAUAAAGGUUUGGGGUAUCAAUAAAAUUGGUGAGGUUUGCGAUAAGUAGUAGGCUAAUCAAGAUACAAGCAACGUAUAAAAAUAAAUAAGCUAGGUAACAUUAUGUCAUACACGUAUAAAUCAUUAAUAUGAAAAAAUCAUUAAUAUGAAAAAUUAAGUAAUAUUUUUAUAAAUAUAUUGAUUUUUUAUGA